CACCGAUAUAGCGAGGCCCGAAUCUCUCUGAUUAUUAUCUUCGUGCGCACUACUAAAAGUCCUUCCCAUCACCACAUCCAUCCUUCUCUCUCUCUACAAAAAACACGCUUCUGUUCUUCACAUCUUCUCAUAUCCACCGCCUUUCGGUUUUCUCUCUCUACAAUUCUGUUGAUUAUCGCCUCGAUCUUCUCCGAUCAAUCGUCUGCGACCAUGGCAAAUGCUGCAUCUGGGAUUGCUGUGAAUGAUGAAUGCAAGCUAAAAUUCUUGGAGUUGAAGGCAAAAAGAAACUUCCGCUAUAUAAUCUUCAAGAUUGAGGAGAAGCAAAAGGAAGUGCAGGUGGAGAAAGUUGGAGAGCCAGCUGAAAGCCAUGAGGAUUUUGCUGCUUCUUUACCUGACAAUGAGUGUCGAUAUGCAGUCUUUGACUAUGACUUUGUUACUGCUGAGAAUUGCCAAAAAUCCAGGAUCUUUUUCAUUGCUUGGUCGCCUGACACUGCAAGGGUGAGGACUAAGAUGAUUUACGCGAGCUCCAAGGAUAGAUUCAAGAGGGAGCUUGAUGGGAUCCAGGUGGAGCUCCAAGCAACCGACCCAACAGAGAUGGAUCUUGAUGUGUUUAAGAGUCGUGCCAAUUGAAAAUGAAAUUGAAAUUCAAAUAAUAGUGGAUUUUAAUAGCUUGUGGGGGUAUGGUUAUGGAUAUGUUUCUUUUCUGGUUUGUCUUUUGAAAAAAUGUUAUUUUCGGUGAUAUUCGUUACUUUUUAACUUUUUUUUUUUUUUUUUUGGGCUUUCGACUACGGACGUUAGCAAAUUCAGUGAUCUUUUGGGGGCAAAUAUUUUGGUAUGU